AUGGGUUUCUCGAGUCACCUCCGCAGCCUCUCGCCUGGAGGUGGUCGUCACCACGUGGCUGGCCCACGGGCAUCGACCGGCAUGGUCCAGCUGGGUUCCUCUUUGGAUCCCUACGAGGUGCCCCGAAGCCGUCACGACUAUGAGGACUACUACUAUCCAUCGGAUGUGGGACAUGGUGGCACUUACCGCCACCACCCUCGACACCGAUCCACAAUCGAUGUUCAGCCGAUGUCUUCUCAGAAAUACCGCCAACCUGGCCAGUCAACAAAGAAGCGGACCGAGUAUGCUAUCCAGCCUCAAACCAGGCACCGGAGCCACACUGCAUCUGCAACAGAUCUCUAUGAUACCCGCAUAGCCGUUCCGUCAUCUUCAUCGUCACACCUCCGCCCGACGGUCAACUCAGGACGUGGUCACCGUUCCCCAAGCCCUCUCACCCCCGACACUUCGCGCUAUGUGAUACCCGCAUCCUCCGCCCGUCAUGGCGGAGGGCACCGCCGAGUGGUUAGCACCGACUACGCAAGUGACACCGGCCGCCUGGAAAUGCACGACAGUGUGAGGUACCGGCCGGGGAUUCACCAUGGUGCGCACCGUGUCCAGCAACCGGCAGGCCGGCGGCGAUAUCCACCCUAUGAUGGGCCCAAGAAGGGCUACAACAUUGACAAUCAUGAUGCUUACUCCUAUACUGGCCCCGGCGAAGAAGCUCGAAGGGACUUGUCCGGGGAAUAUCCUCUCCGGCGGCACCAUCCCCCGGGGCGAGCGUCCAUUGACCGUCCUAUGAGUAUGAACAUUGCGGAAGAUCACCCACAGUGGUUGAUCCGCAGCAAGGAUCACCGGCACCAUGGGCCCCCGCCAACCUCCCGGGGUCUGGAACGGAUGGACCGCGAAGGCCGGCCUCGAAGUUCUGCUCGAGGCUUUGAUGAGCACCGGGAAACGUCCCGGACGAGAGCACCAGUUGGUCACGAUCGUGCACUGGUGGUGUUGCCCCACGAGUCCGACGAUGGAUACGAUUCAUAUAGUGACAGCCAUCACCGCAGGCACCGUCACCACAGGUCCCGUCCAGAGGAGGGCCGGCGACAUGUGGACGAUCGAUCUCCACGCCCGCACAACGGAGGCAGUGACCGGGCUUUGGCUGUUGCAGGACUCGGCACAGCUGCACUGGCUAACGGCUACUCGGAUGCUUCAGACUACGACCACCGACCUGGCAGACGACGUCACCGACGCCGCGAGGCCGAACGCGACUACGACUCCGCGCAGCCCUCCACUAGGGAGUUUGCGGACAGUGGGCCAUCCAACCCGGAGCGAAGCAAGCAGCUAUAUAUGGGACCCAGCGAUGCUCACCAUCGCGACAGCCGAUCUCGAAGGCAAUCGCGUCGACGCUCAGGCAGCGAUACUGAAGUCUAUACAGACGAUGAAGACCUCCACAAGUACCGACAUGAGCCUUCGGCAGCACCGUAUCGCAGCCGGCACAGUAGCACCGACACCAGUAGCGCUGAUGACCGUUCUGCCGGACGUCGCCCUCGAGAUCAGUCGCACCAUCGUUCUCGCUCACAGCGCGUGGCGGAGGAUGGCCGCUCCAAUGAAACGCGAAGCCUCACUGCCACUGAUCACAUAGAUGAUGUGCGGAAGCCCAUCGCUGUUGAGCCGCCUGUCACCAAAGAGCCUGAGCAGCCUGCCCCGAAGGGCAUCCUCAAACCCCCCAAGAAGGCUUUCCCCGAGGAACCAAAUCCGAUCAGGGAGGGCGUGGCUCCGCUGAAGGAUGCCAACAAGAACGGGAUUCCACCCACCGCACGCUGGACCAAGAUUGACCGCCGGUUGGUCAACCCCGCCGCUUUGGAGGCAGGCAACGAGCGAUAUGAGGAGCGAUCGGAGUUUGUGAUUGUGCUGCGGGUUUUGACGAAGGAGGAGAUCCAGGCAUAUGCGCUGAAGACGCAGGAAAUUCGAGAUGCCCGUCGCGAGGAGUAUGUGCGUGACAAGCGCCACCGUAUAGAAGAGAACCAUCGCCAUGGCCGGCGCGAGGAGUCCUCCAGCGACGACGAGGACGAGGGCUCUGACGAGCAACUGAAGAUCGAAGCACCGCCUGUCCCAGAGCCAAAUUCGUCUCUGCCCAUGCGGUCCCGUCCAGCGAGCCACUCGCCGCCGCAACCCGAGCGCCCAAAGAUGAUGAGCCCAUCUGCUGCGCCGGCGUAG